AAAGAGAAGGAGCGUUAAAAGCAGCAGAAAUUGCACUUGGAAUAGACGUGGCACAGUUCCCCAUCCGUGACCUUUGACCAACUCUUUCUCUCUCGUUGUUCAAUCGUGGACAUCGCCGUUCCUCUCUGACCGCCAUCGGAGUUUUCGACGCCGUUCGAAUCUCUCCAUCUCUCUUCAUCCGUAUGACUGUCUGACUGUUGAAUCUGAAAUACUUGCUGUUUAUCUUCUCUGCAGUACUUCACCUUGUGUUUCCUGUUCUAGAAUCGGUGGUGUGAAUUUGUAAUAGUAUUCUUUUUUGAGGUAUAUGAGUGAUUAUGGGUUCAGUUUGUUGCGUAGCUGCAAGGGACAGAACCCUUCCAAAGAGAACUGGAGGUGAGACUUUGCAUAGAAAUCUGACAUGUUCGCCUUCAUGGAGUCUCCGCCGGGAUAAUCAAAGAUGCGUGGCUGAUGAAAUAGAAGAGCCUUCUUAUCAGAUGUCUAAUAGAGUUAGCAGAAAUGUUAGCAUGGAGAGGAGAGGGACAUUAGGUUCUGGCAGGCGUAAGGUUUCCGAUCAAGGAAGUGCACUUGGGAUUGAGAACUAUGAAACACCCACUUCUCAAAAAUCGCCAAUCCAUGAAGUUACGGGAAGGAAUAUGAUGAACCCCUCUUCAGAAAUAUCAAGGGCAAGCAAUUAUUCCACUGAGGCAAAGAAUUUGGCAGAAUCACCAGAUAUUGUGGAUUCAUCUGCACCAAAGCUAUCAUUUUGUGUACCUUCACCAUUCUCACCACCAAUUACAAAAACUUUUUCUGGCCGUGGUCAUUUACUUCCUUCCAAUUCCACCCCAUCUAGACGUGCUUGCUUUUCACCUGGGCACCGGCUAUUGAGGCAGGUCUCUGAUAGUCGAAUCCUCGGACUGAAAUCACCAAAUAAUUAUUCAAUGUCUGAAGGAAGGUCAUCUUUUGUGCUCUCCACAUGUAGCAAUGACUUGACAGCUGGAUCUUACGGUGGCUCUUGUGAUGGCUGGUCCAUGCGCACUUUUUCUGAGCUUGUGGCAUCUUCUCAAAGAGAAAGGUUGUCUUUUGAUAGUGAACACUUUGGUUCCGGUGAUGGCAAGAUAAGUCAAUGUAGCAGCAGGUUCUCAUAUUCUCCAUCCAUAGAUGCACAAACUUGUGGGGCUUGCUCGAAGCUUUUGGCUGAGAGAUCUUCAUUGGGCAACAAUGAAAUUUCAGUUGCUGCGGUACUUAUCUGUGGACAUGUUUAUCAUGCUGAAUGCUUGGAGACAAUGACACCAGAGACUGAGAAAUAUGACCCAGCCUGCCCAAUAUGUAUGAUUGGAGAAAAGCAGGUCUCAAAGAUAUACAGAAAAGCUUUGAGAGGUGAAGCGGAGUUGAUGGCAAGACGUCUUAAGUUAUUCAAGAAUAGAGUUAAAGAUAGCUUUGUUGAAGUUGGUUGUAAUGAUUUUAACCAUCAACAAAGUGCCAAGCGAGAAGGAAAAGCUCUGAAGUUAGAACCCAGUUCAAGCUGGAGAAGCUCCUUGACAAAAUCUUUCUUGAAACGCCACUUCUCAAUUGGGUCCAAGUGGGGCAGAUCACUAUCAGAAAAUGAGUCUGCCAGGAAGAAGGGGUUUUUGGUUAGAUACAGAAACGAUUGAGUUCCCUCCUAUACUGUCAUGAGGUGAGAGGCCUAUCGGUUUCAUUGUAAAAGUUUAUCACUGUCAGAAAAUAUUGCACUUCUUUCCCUUACUCCAAAUGGUUCGAGAGAGAAGCUCAUCAGGCUUCGAAGCCCCAGUGCAAUCAAAUCUCAGCUUCUUAAGUUGGAGAUUCUCCACCCUUUUUCUAAGGUAAUUCUAUGAAAGUUAGCCAUAGUCCAUGGAAAAUUUAUGACACUGACCCAUCUUAUAACUCGUGCACCUUUGGUGAUUUUCGUUUUUUUUGUUGCCGAUAGCGUAGUUCUGGGUAGAGAAUAAGUUAUGAUGGCGACCAACUUCUAACUAGAGCGGAGUAUAAAUAUGUAGUAUUGCAAUUCUAUAGGUAAUAUGCUCUCUAAUGGUGGGGGUGUGAGAGUUGAAAGGCGUGGGUGGUGAGAUUAAUUCAUUGAUUUCUAGAUAUCAAGCAAGUUUCUUGUUUUGGUUGAUGGGAAGAUGCAAGUGAAUGUUGGGUACGUAUUUUAUAUGUACAUGCAAUUCUG